GCGAGAUACUAAGGCGACACAAAUGACCUUGGUUUUUCGAUGAUGGAGCUGCAAAGCUUUAAGAAAAAGCUAAAAUAAAUAGCAAACAGUCGAUACAAAAUUAGAGCUCGAUUGUUAAGCUUCAAAAUAUCUAAUUGCGUCCUAUAAAAGCAGUUCUUUUCUUCAAGGACAGAAGAGGAGUAUGGAUGAUCAUAGGAUUGCUGAAAAUAGGCUAGAGAAAAUAAAGAUUUUUCUUGGCUUUUGCUUGUCCUGUAGUUCCAUUGGCUUCCUAAACUUGAGAAAGGAAGAACUGAUCGAAGAAUAUUUUAAAAUGGCUGAGUUCUAUGAUGGUAUCUGCCAUCAAAUUGCACAAUACAAUCGUCUUGGUAUAGAAUAUGAAAAUUCAUAUCAAUGGAAUGAAGCCAUCAAUUGCUAUCAAAAAGGCUUAGCCAUCGCCACUAAGAUUGGCGAUGCGAAGAGUGCUGUGGUUCUUUAUGGGAACGUGGGAAAAAUUUGUCAAUCAUUGAGUAAAUACGAGGAUGCCAUUAAGUAUCAUGAAACUUCACUCGACAUUACAAAGACUAUAGACGACAGGAAAGGUAUUGCUAAUGCAAACGCAAACUUAGGAAUUGCUUUGAAGUCGAUAGGAAAAUAUGGAGAGGCCAAGGACUGCCAUGAAAAGUGCCUGAAGAUCGCCGAAGAAAGGAGUGACGAGAAAGGCAUGGUAGAUGCAUAUGGAAAUUUGGGGGACGCUUUUAAUUCAUUAGGGGAUACCAAGGAAGCAAUCAAAUGUCAUGAAGCGUCUCUCAGCAUCGCUCUGAAGAUAGGUGAUAGGAAAGGGGAAGGCAACGCUUAUGGAAACUUGGGCGUCGCCUAUUACUCGUUAAGCAAGUACAAGGAAGCGAUUGAAUAUCUAGAAAGAUCGCUUAAGAUUGCCAUAGAUAUUCAAGAUAAGGAAAAACAAGGAAUUCUAUAUGGAAACCUUGGUGCUGUUUGCCAAUCUUCAAAUGAAUAUGAGAAAGCCAUUAAUUACCACGAAAAAUCAAAGAAAAUAGCUACAGAGAUAGGUGACAAAGAAGGUGAGACAAUCUCAUAUGUAAACAUAGGAAAUUCCUACCAGUCGAUGGGCGAAUACGAAGAGGCAAUAAGAAACUAUAAUCAGGCUUUAAGCAUUGCCAAAGAUAUUGGCUAUAAGUACGGCGAGGAAGCUGCAUACUUUAAUUUGGCAAAUUCAUACCAAUUGAUGGGGAAAGAAAAGGAGGCAUUGAAGUAUUACGAAAAUCACUUAAGCAAUGCAAAGGAAAUGGGCAACAAAGAACGAGAAGCAACUGCGUAUUUGAGCUUAGGAAAUGUCUUUCACUCUUUAGGCAAGCACAAACAAGCCAUCGAAUAUUUUGAACAUUCUUUGAAUAUCGCAGAGGAAAUAGCGUGCAAGGAUAUUCAAGGAAAGUCGCUUGGAAACAUGGCGGGGGUCAGUUACUCUACUGGAAAAUACGAGCAGGCUAGAGAAUAUGCUGAAGAGUGUAUAAAGCUAUCCCAAGAGAUAGGUGACAAGAAAGGCGUGUCGAGCGCAUAUGCAAGCCUAGCAACCAGCCUGGAUAGUCUGGGUAGGGCUAAAGAAGCAAUUGAGUAUCGAGAAAAGCAGCUGAGUAUUGCAAAAGAUCUUGGUGACAAAUACGGCGAAGCAAACGCAUAUCUAGGCUUGGGAAUUGCCAACAGUUCUAUAAGUCAACACAAAGAGGCAAUAGAAUGCCAUAGAAAAGCCCUCGACAUUGCCAUAGAGAUAUGUGACAGAAAAGAGGAAGCCAAUGUUUAUGGACAUAUAGGAUCGGACUUUAGUAGAUCAGGAAAUUAUACGGAAGCCAUCAACUAUCUUAACAAGCAGUUGAGCAUUGCUAAGGAAAGAGGAGAUAUAGGAAGCGAGGGAGAGGCAAAUGAUGGCUUAGGAAAUGCAUAUUUCCAUUUAGGUCAAUAUAAAAAGGCUGUUCGAUGUUUUGAAACAAGUCUGAACUUCGCGCAAGAAACAGGCAAUAAAGACAGCGAGGGAACAGCUUACCAUAGUUUGGGGAUCAUCUACCAGUCCUUAGGAGACCAGAAAACUGCUAUUCUGCACUUGGAAAAAAGUCUUGAUAUAGCCAAAGAGAUAAGGAGAAAAUCUCAUAUUGCCAGUGUUUACGGGAGUUUAGGGUCAGUAAAUCAAUCGUUAGGAAAAUACGAGAGCGCUACUGAGUAUUAUUCAAAGUAUUUGACCAUCGCAAAGGAAAUCGGUAACAAAGACGAUGAAAGUAUUGCCUAUGGGCAUUUGGGAGACAUGUCCCUCCAUUUUGGCAAACACGAAGAGGCUUUAAGUUAUUUUAAGAAGCUCCUAGAGAUCGCUAUGAAGACGAGCAAUAAACCCAAUGAAGGUUCAGCGUACGGAGGAAUGGGUGACGUCUGCUUUGCAUUAGGCAAUUAUGAGGAGGCUAUCAAGAAUCGUGAAAAGCAGUUACAAAUUUCUGUAGAUACAGGAGACAAGCGUGUUGAAGGAAUUGCCAAUAUGUUCAUUGGCAAUUGUUAUGUAGCACAGGGUUAUUCCUACAAAAUAAUCAAGGACCUCAAGAAAUAUAACGAAUGCAUGACAAAAGCCAGAGAUUUCCUAGAAGACAGCGUCCAGUGUUGGGAAGGGCUUUAUAAUCACUCAGUAGAAGAAGACAAAUGGAAGAUAUCCUUUGUUGACACUUUCCAUUUGUCUUACAAGAUCUUGGCAAACGUUUUAACUGAAAUGGGUGAAAAUGCGGAAGCUCUUCUUGUGUCUGAACGUGGAAGAGCUCGAGCUCUGAACGAGCUUCUAUCUUCCAGAUACGACCUGCCAUUCAUCAACUCUUUGAAUACGAAUUCCUUUCAGUAUUCAGAUGUGGAGACACUUCUUUCUCGUGGCACUUUUACGCUUGUGUUUUAUGCACAUCAAGGUGGCGCAAGCAUAGCUGCCUGGAUUUUGUCGCAGCAGAAGCCGUUGGUUUUUGUACAAAAUGAGAUCGAGGGUCAUGAAGAUCAAGGCUCAUUCAGGAUACCAGGGAAGAAUCAAGGACAGCUGCAAUCCAUAGGCACUAAUAUUUCCAAAGUUGUCAAUGCCGCCUAUGACAAAAUGAAGGUGAGAGAAGGAGCGAGUUGUGAAAACAGAUCGUUUAAGACGACGUCAAUCGGUAAUAAGCAAGCUAAUUGCAAUCACAUCCACAGUGGAAAGAAAUCAUCUGCAUUAUUAGUCCAACAAAAUGUCGCUGAAGAAAUAAAUAACAACGAAGAGGAACAAUGGAGAUGCAUAGAAGAACACGAGGAAGAAGAAGAAGAAGAAGGCAUUGAAAAUCCACUUGAGAUGUUAUUCGAUGGGUUAGUCUCUCCCGUGAAUCAAUAUCUUCUUGAUGAUGAGGUGGUAUUUGCGCCUGAAGGACCUCUUAACUUGAUCCCUUUUGCAGCCUUGAAAGAUCCAGCCACAGGAGCGUAUCUCUCGGAGACCAAGCGCAUUCGGCUUGUUCCAUCACUUCUGACAUUGAAGGUUUUGCAAGAAUGUUCUUCUCAAUACCACAAGACGACAGGUGCCUUAAUCAUCGGGAAUCCUGAUGUUGGACAAGUAAUUCUCAGAGGCAAAAAAACACAGUUCCAGAAUCUGACCUUUGCUGAAGAAGAGGCAAAAAUGAUUGGAAGCUUACUAGGAGUGGAACCAUUCAUUGGAGCUGAAGCUGCAAAAGACGUCAUAAUGAAAAGACUUCAAGAAGGCGUGGCUGUUAUUCAUUUCGCUGCCCAUGGAACAACAGAAGGAGACAUCGCUCUGACCCCCACUUUUAGUUCGAAUUCCGACGAAUCGGGUUCUAUACCAAAAGAAGAAGAUUUUCUAUUGACAGUGGGUGACGUACAGCAAAGUGGUGUCCGUCCACAACUGGUUGUUCUGAGCUGCUGUCACAGUGGUCGUGGUGAGAUCAAGUCAGAAGGCGUAGUUGGAAUGAGUCGAGCGUUUCUUGCUGCAGGAGCUCGGGCUGUUGUAGCGUCACUGUGGGCCAUUGAUGACGAAGCUACUAUGACCUUUAUGCAAAAGUUUUACUUCCAUCUAAAAUGCGGAGAAAGCGCGAGUAGAAGCUUGCAGCAAGCCAUGAAAGAAAUGAGAGCAGGAAAAUACAACGAACCAAGACACUGGGCUCCUUUCUUUCUUAUUGGGGAUGAUGUCACAGUCAACUGUUUCAAAUAAAACACAGCAAGCUGUGAAAAAAUAAUAGAAUACAGUGAAACGAGCUAGAUAUUCUUAUUACAGAUGAUGUCACUACCAUAUCAGAAGACAAGACGAAAAAAAUCCCAGAUAAUUGAAGUAGGCAUAAUCUGAAAUCUGACAAUGGAGGUUAGCCUCCACCGCUAUCAUCUCUUCCGCGAUCCCUGGGCUUCCUGUGGACAGGAAAGAAACUCUCUGCCCCUGAAAUAUUUCAACACAGGAAUCCCAAUUGCGUUCUGGAGAAUAAUUAUGGAUUAGCUAUAGCCUUCGGUGGAGGUUAACUUUCUUCAUCUUCCUAAGAAUGAACGACCGUUCCAAUUAUCGUUUUGAUUACACAUGCUCUAUUUUGAUUAUUUUAUAAUGAAUUUCUUCUUCUCUUGAAAAGCAUAAUUCAUAAGGUAUAAGUGCCUAAAAUAUGUCUAGAAAAGGCGUUUUGAAACGUGUGUCCCUUCAUCAAUGAUGAAGCUCUAUUGACGACUCUUAAAACUCCAGCGUAUGUGCGCUUAGCCUCACUUCUGAGGUCGGUAAACAAAAGCAAAAAUUAGAAUAACAAAACAAGCCACUCUUGCAUUCCAGGCUUAGCACGCAUACACUGGAGUUUUAAAAGUCGUCAAUAGGGGCUUAUACCAUAUAAAUUACCAGUUUUCAUAUGCACUCAAUUGAAGAAUCGUUGUCGGAUUCAGAAACACAGAAAAUAGAAGCUGAGACCGAAAUGGCACAUGGAAAGUACGUUAAUUAGAUGCAUGCUGUGACCGGCGACCCGUGGCAUCAUCCACUCUCAAACGCAGGUCUUCUGAAUACACGUUUGGCAUUCUAAACCGACUGCAUGGAUGGCGCAAAUGAAUAAGUUAUAAUAUAAUUAUGUCAUUUCCCAUGUGUUAUUUCGGUCUCAUCUUUAAUGUUUUAUGUCUCUGAACCCGACCUAAUUGAAAAACGUAGUCGGGUUCGAGAAGGUCAUAUCAUUGAAGCUAAUGUGGCAUCGUACUGAUUUAUGCGAGAAACACGGACACUCGUUAUGAACUCGAA